AUGGACUCAUCACGGGAAGAGUUCCAUGAACCGUCGAAGCAGGUCGCCAUCAUUGGCAUGGCGAUGCGACUUCCGGGACACAUAUAUAAUAGCGAAGAUCUCUGGACCUUUCUAUCUGGCAAGCAGAAUGGGCUUUGUGAAGUACCCGAGAACCGCUUCAACAUAGAUGGGUUUUAUGAUCCCUCCGGAGGCCCUGGGACGAUCCCCGUGAACAAGGCUCACUUCCUCCGAGACACAGAGCUGCAGCAAUUCGAUACCAACGUCUUUCCGAUUCCCAAGACAGAGCUGGAGCGUCUCGACCCGGGGCAGCGUCAACUACUACAGGUGGCUUUCGAAUGUUUAGAGAAUGCGGGCUUGUCCACAUGGCGCGGUAGUAGGAUGGGUUGUUACAUUGGAGAGUUUGGCGAAGACUGGACGGAUCUAUAUGCUCGGGAAACACAACAUCGGGGCGGCUACCGCUGCACGGGUCUUGGAGACUUUGCCCUGGCCAACAGACUUUCGUACGAGCUGGAUUUGCGCGGGCCAAGUAUGACGGUGAAAACCGCCUGUUCUUCCUCACUCGUGGGUCUCGACAUUGCGUGCAAGGCCAUCCAAAGCGGCGAAUGUGACAGUGCCUUGGUGGGCGGUGUUAGUCUAAUCAUGUCGCCCACCGUAUACAUCGCCCUCAAUGACCAAGGCGUGAUCUCGCCCAACGGCCAAUGUCGAACCUUUGAUGCCUCGGCAGACGGAUACGCACGAGGAGAGGCGGUGAACAUGAUACUAGUGAAAAGACUCGACCACGCUUUACGAGACAACGACCCUAUCCGCGCCAUCGUGCGUGGAACGGGUGUCAACACGGACGGCAGGACGAACGGGAUGCUUACCCCGAGCCCCACUGCACAGGCGACUUUGAUACGUCAAACAUACGCGGCUGCUGGUAUUCAAGAUUUAUCACAGACGGCCAUUGUUGAAUGCCACGGCACCGGAACUUCUGUCGGUGACCCGAUUGAGGCAGAAGCUAUUGGACAAUGCUUUGGCGAGAAGGGGGUUCUCAUCACCUCGGUUAAACCAAAUCUUGGGCACUCUGAGGCUGCCGCUGGCCUGACGAGUCUCAUCAAUCAACUCGACCGUAUGCUGUCUAAUGCUUACAAUGCAGACUCUCUCAAGGCGCAGAUCGACGUCUACCGUGAGUACACCGCACAUCGUCAACCCCAGCUCCGUGACUUGGCCUACACGCUAGCGAACAGGCGACAACACAAGCCCCAUCGCGCCUUUGUCGUGACAGAAGAUGUGUCUGUUUUUGAAGAUGGGGCCCAAUGGCCUGAGAUGGGCGCGGAGCUCCUCAACACCAAUGCCACGUUCCGGGCGACGAUCCGGAAAUUGGACAAAUACCUCCAGACAUUCCCGCAGCCAACGUCGCUGUGUAUUGAAGGUAAGGGUGACAGCCGUGUUCACAGUGCCGAAGUAGGCCACCCAGUAUGUGCCGCGUUGCAGAUCGCACUAGUCGACGUCCUUCGAUCUUGGGGCGUUGUCCCAGACAUCAUCAUAGGGCACUCGUCUGGUGAAAUCGCUGCUGCGUACGCUUCUGGCGCCAUCACAGCCGAGAACAGCCAGUGCAACGUCACCCUGUCUGGAGACACCGACGCGCUUGAGAGUGUAAUCGAGGCACUACAGGCUGAUCAGGUAUUCGUCCGUAAGCUGCGGGUCGAGAAAGCAUUCCACUCUCAUCAUAUGCGUGAGCACGGACACGGGUAUGAAAUUCAGCUCCAGUCCGUCGUUCGCAGCGUCGACCCCAACGCAGCAUUCUAUUCCACCGUCACUGGCGAACGUCUGACAGGGGAUGGAAACCUGGAGGCCCCGUAUUGGCGUGCCAAUGUAGAGAGCGCGGUUCUGUUCAACCCAGCACUUCGCUCCGCGCUUCGCGAUGAAACGGGCAAGGUGGUUUUGAUUGAAAUCGGGCCUCAUCCUGCGCUGGGCGGCCCGAUCGGCCAAAUCCUGCGGGAUAUUGGCCGCUCCGAUGUUCAUGUUGGCACGCUGAUCAGAGGCAAGAGCGGCCACCGGAGCCUUUUGAAUCUCGCCGGCAAGCUUUACCAGCAGUCCUUGCCGAUCGAUCUUUCCCUCAUCUGCCCGCCUGGGCAAAUCGUCAAAGACCUUCCGCGCUACUCCUGGAAACAGGACACGAGCCACUGGGAAGAACCCCGUGUUUCGCGUGCCUGGAGGCACCGCGAGAAUCCGCCCCACGAGCUUCUUGGGAGCAGAGUUUUGGAGAUUGCCAGCGAGCCCUGCUGGAGAAAGGUUCUUGCCCUUGAAGACGCACUCUGGCUGAUUGGCCACGAGGUGAAUGGCCAAGUCGUAUUCCCUGCCGCCGGAUACAUUGCCAUGGUCGGCGAAGCCCUCCGACAGUUGUCCAGCAUUGCGACAUAUAGCCUUAGGAACGUCCACAUUGUCUCGGCAAUGGUGCUAGAGAUGGGCAAGGCUACCGAAAUUGUCACCAGUCUGAAACCUUCGAGGACGGACACAUCAGACAGCUCGCUCUGGUAUGACUUUACCAUAACGUCGUAUAACGGAACAGCAUGGAUCACCAACUGUCACGGCGAGGCCAGGUCAUCAGUUGACAACUCAUUCUGCACUGACAUCAUUUCGCCCGCUGCCUCUUUCCCACGAAAGGUGGACGAGAAGAAUUGGUACGAAGUUCUCAGGCGAAUCGGAUUCAACUACACCGGACUGUUUGAAGGCAUCACCUCCGUGUCGGCCUCGACCAUCUCCAGGGAAGCACAGGCCAGCGUGGCGGCGCAAAUCAAAGCGGCCUCUGCGAAGGAGUCAAGAUGCUCCAUAGAUGGUCAUCUCCCCACCGUGCUUGAUUUGCAGGUCAUGGCCAAGAUCAAUAGCCUGGAGGAGCUCGGGUCCUGGACCGGAGACCUCGUCGCCCGUGGCGCAGACACGCCCGCGGUUAGCCUAAAGGGAAUGAAGACCAGCGUCCUCACAAUGAACUCGGCUGGGGGCCAAGAUCCCUUGAUCACGCAGCUCGAAUGGAUGCCCCAUAGCGAUUUUGUCGACAUCGGGACCGGCUUGCACCCGCGCGCACCACGACUCAGGGAGUGGCCUCUGCUCGAGGAACUCAUCACCCUGUGCAGCUACGACCACCUCGAUCAAAUCAAGGUGGCCGAGAGCACCCCGGAGCACCUUCUCAAGUUCUUGGACUGGAUGCGACUUCACACGGAGCGGUACGAGGCCGGCGCCAACGUUUUGAUUUCCAAAGACCUUGGUCUGGGGACUUUGAACCACGAGCAGCGAGUUGCCCGAAUCGACGCCACGUUGACGGAGCUUUCGGGUCUUCUGGACGGCGUAUUUGCCACGGCGACGCACCCUCUGCACGUCCUCCUACCGGAUAACGUGCUUAGCAGAAUCUAUGAUGCCGCGUCCCUCGACUGUGUUGAUGCGAUUCGCCUGAUAGCGAACACAAACCCCCACUUGCGGGUUCUAGAGGUCGGCGCAGGUACAGGCGGUACAACAUCCAAGGUCCUUCAAGCCCUGACAUCUCCUUACGGAGAGCGUAUGUACAGCCUUUACUCCUAUACCGAUGUCUCGGCGGGUUUCAUGACGGCAGCGAAAGAGAGAUUCGCAGGCUUUGAAAACAUUGAGUACGGCGUCUUGGACGUUUCCAAAGAUCCUUCCGAGCAAGGAUUUCAGCUCGACAGCUACGACCUGAUCAUUGGUGCCAAUGUUCUUCACGCCACCCCGUCGCUGAACGUCACUCUUCGCAACGUGCACAGUCUGCUUAAGCCUGAUGGGCGCCUGUUUUUGGAAGAAGUCUGCCCGGAUUCCAUGUUUAUCAGUUACAUCAUGGGUUACUUUUCGGGCUGGUGGCUUGGGGCCGACGACAACCGUGUCGAGAAGCCAUGGCGCCGGUAUCAUCGUCUCGCGCAGCCCCGGACGGCCACGCCGCCGAGCGUGGCGAUUCUGUGCCAUACACCAGACGGGCCCUAUGUCGCCGAGCUCUGUCGACAUCUCGUGGAUCGGGAGAUCACUUUUACCAUCUGCCUCUUUGGUCAGGCGCUGCCCGCGUGCGAUACGAUUUCGCUCCUCGAUCUUCAGGAACCUACACUCCACGACAUGUCCGAGGAAACCUUUAAAACCAUAGCUUCCUACAUGCAAUCGCUCAAAGAAAACAUCGUUUGGGCAACGCGAGCCUCGCAGGUAGACUGCGAGGAUCCUAGGGCGGCCAUGAUACUUGGGCUGGCGAGAACAGUUCGCAACGAGAAUUCCGCGCAGCUGUUCACCGUCGAACUUGAUUACGCAACGACGCCAGAAACUGCCGUGAAAAGCAUCACUGACAUACUAUGCAGAGCUCAAACGCACUGCGUGACCUCCGAGUCCAUGGAUCCUGACUACGACCCUAGCCAAAUGGGCUUUGAAGGUAGCGGUAUCGUCCGGGCGGUAGGGCCCGGAGUCCAGCGCUUCUCCGUCGGCGAUCGUGUCAUGUAUAUGGGAGGAGGCUGCUUCGCAACCCAUAUCACGCUAUCGGAAACUUUGUGCGUCCAAAUGGACAGCUCCAUGAGCUUCGUCCAAGGCGCUACGAUGCCGUGCGUUUACGCGACCGCUCUCAUGGCACUUGUUGACACGGCGAAUCUGCAAAAGGGGCAGUCUAUUCUCAUCCACGCGGCUUGCGGUGGUGUCGGCCUUGCGGCAAUCCAAAUCGCGCAGAUGAUCGGUGCAAAGAUAUACUGCACGGUCGGAAGCGAGACCAAGCGAAAUCACCUUAUCGACAACUGUUCCAUCGAGCCGAGUCAUAUAUUCAAUUCGCGUGACUCGCGCUUCCUCCCCGAAAUCUUGCGGAUAACAGAUAAUGUUGGCGUGGACGUGGUGCUCAACUCGUUGUCAGGCGAUCUCCUACAGGCCUCGUGGAAGUGUGUCGCCGAGUUUGGCAUCAUGAUCGAGAUUGGAAAGCGAGACUUCCAGCGACGAGCCAAGCUCGCUAUGGAGACAUUCGAAGCGAACCGGGCUUUUGUCGGCCUGGACCUUGGCGGACUGUGCCAAUCCCGCCCGGAAAGGGCUGCUACUUUGCUGAAUCGCUGCGUGGAGUUGGUUCGCUCCAACAGCGUCAGCUGUCUGCCCAUCUCUGACAAAUUCCCGGCUGCCGAUAUCCAGUCCGCCUACAGGACUAUGCAAGCAGCGAAGCACAUUGGCAAGAUCGUCAUCGAAAUGCCGGAUGACCCACUGGAUCUGGAUCUAGACCAAGGAGCCGAGUCAGCCAGUGAGCCGCUGGCAUCCACCCCAACGCCAACCUUCCGCCCCGACCGCAGCUACCUGCUUGUGGGCGGCUUAGGUGGUCUAGGGCAGCUCAUCGCCACAUACAUGGUCGAAAACGGUGCUAGAUGCUUGGUAUUCCUCUCCAGAUCCGCACAAGAGGGACCCAAAACCCAAGGCUUUGUGGAGGAGCUGCGCUCCCAGGGUUGCCAGGUGCUGUUCGUUCCCGGCAGCGUUGACGUGAUGAGCGAUGUGCAACGAGCGGUAGACGCCGCUACUGCCAUUCAACCCAUCGCGGGAGUGAUCAACCUCUCCAUGGUGUUGAAGGACGUUGUGUUUUCCGAGAUGGCGUUCUCGGACUGGACAACUGUGGUAGAUCCCAAGGUCAAGGGAACAUGGAACCUGCAUCACGCAACUGCCUCGUCGCCCUUGGACUUCUUCCUCUUGUUCUCGUCGCAGAAUGGCCAGAUCGGCCUGCGCGGCCAGGCCAAUUACGCAGCGGCCAAUACAUUCCUCGACGCCUUUGUGCAAUAUCGACAUCGCAACGGACUCCCAUCAUCUGUCAUCGAUAUCGGUGUGAUGGGGAGUGUCGGAUUCGUGGCAAGAAAUCAGAAUAUCCUCAAGAGCUUGGAAAAAACCGGCAUGUAUAUCCUGCAAGAGCAGAAUCUGCUCGACGCCAUUACCCUGGCCCUCGAAAAGUCCCGGCCUGCGCAACCAUCAAGGGAUAAGAAGCUUCAUCGAAGCGUUGGCCAAGUGGGCCUUGGGCUCAACACCACCACGCCGAUAUCGUCCCCCUCGACCCGGGUUUCCUGGAAGGUCGACAGGCGCAUGGCCAUUUACCACAAUCUUGAAAACUCGACCGAGGCCUCUAGCAUCGGCAACUCGUCUCAGCAAAGCUCGCUCAAAAGCCUUUUGGCGGCUGAGCAGUCGGAAGAGGCCAUUACCAGUCUCAUCGCCAAACACCUCGCUGCGGCGCUUGCCAAAUUCUGA